AUGAGUGUGGCCUCUGUGACACUUGCCAGUGCCCUGCAGGUCAGGGGUGAAGCUCUGUCUGAGGAGGAAAUCUGGUCCCUCUUGUCACUGGCUGCUGAACGGCUCCUGGAAGACCUACGUAAUGAUUCCUCAGACUAUGUGGUUUGCCCUUGGUCACUCCUGCUUUCUGCAGCUGGAAGUCUUUCUUUCCAAGACCACGUUUCCCACAUAGAGGCUGCGCCAUUCAAAUCUCCUGAGCUGCUACAGGGACCAGAUGAGGAUGAGCAGCCCGAUGCCUCACAGAUGCACAUCUAUUCCUUAGGGAUGACUCUCUACUGGUCAGCAGGAUUUCGUGUUCCACCAAACCAGCCCCUGCAGCUUCGGGAACCCUUACACUCCCUCCUGCUGGCAAUGUGUGAAGACCAACCUCGGAGACGGAGGCCACUGCAGGCGGUUCUGGAAGCCUGCCGGAUUCAUCAGGAAGAAGUGGCCGUGUUCCCAGCCCCUGCCAGUCUUCAUGUCAGUCGGCUGGUAGGAUUGGUGCUGGGCACCAUCUCUGAGGUGGAGAGGAGGGUUGUGGAGGACAGCGUGCAGGAGCAGCAGAGCAGAAGCUGCUUUCUCAGGAGCAGGCUGCAGCGGGCUGGCAGUGAGAGCCCCGGAGCUCAGGCCUCUGAUACUAUGCAGCCUCGGAGAGUUUCAGACAGAAGCACAGAGACGCAGAGCUCCUUGGAGCAGUGCUGGAGUACCACAGCGCACAGUCGCAGCAGCUUCAUUCCCAGCAGGGUUCAGCCAGGGGCAGGUCCCUAUGACUGUGAGGAGGGUCCUCGGUGUGGCUCUGUGCCUAUGCUCUUGGCAGAAGCAGAAAGCUCGCGGCCAGCAACAUCUCCAAGGGAUUUCCUGCAAAGAAAGGGAAAGUGCCCCAGACCAGAGUUCAUCCUGUUGGCUGGAGAGGCCCCGGUGACUCUACAUUUGCCUGGAUCCAUUGUGACCAAAAAAGGGAAAUCCUACUUGGCUCUCCGAGACCUCUGUGUGGUCCUACUGAGCGGACAAUGUCUGGAGGUGAAGUGUGAUGUGGAGUCCACAGCAGGAGCUGUCUUCAGUGCUGUCAUGUCCUUCACCAACCUUGAGGAGACCACCUACUUUGGCUUGGCUUAUGUGAAAGAUGAAGAGUUCUUUUUCCUGGACACGGACACCAGAUUGUGCAAACUUGCCCCAGAAGGCUGGAGAGAACAGCACCCGAAAGGUUCCAUGGACACUUUAACACUCUUUCUGCGGAUAAAGUUCUUUGUCUGUCACUAUGGGCUGCUCCGGCACAGCCCAACAAGGCAUCAAUUUUACCUGCAACUUCGAAAAGACAUUCUAGAAGAAAGGCUGCAUUGCAACGAUGAGACACUGCUGCAGCUGGCAGUCCUUGCCCUGCAGGCUGAGUUUGGCAGUCAUCCUAAGGAGCAGGUGGGGAGUAAAGCAUACUUCCGAAUUCAAGAUUACAUCCCGGCAAGGCUUAUUGAGCGGAUGACAGCAAUCCGGGCCCAAGUAGAAGUCUCAGAGAUGCACCGGCUCAGUUCUGCGCCGUGGGGAGAGGAUGCUGAGCUAGAGUUCUUAGAGGUUGUUCAGCAACUCCCAGAAUAUGGAGUCUUGGUUCACCGCGUUUUCCCAGAGAAGAAGAGACCAGAAGGGGGAUUGGCCUUGGGGUUCUGCACCAAAGGCAUCAUAGUCUACCAAGUGAAAAGCGGCCGCAGAAUGGCAACAUCACAGUUUCCUUGGAGAGAAAUUGGGAUGAUUUCAACUCAUAGAAAAAAGCUCACCAUCACCAGCAGCAGCACUGGGGAAAAGUACACCUUUGUCACCGAUUCAGCCAAGACCUGUAAAUACUUGCUGGGCCUCUGCUCUGGCCAGCAUUGGUUUAAUGCUCAGAUGGGCUUCGAGCCGCCUCCACAUCUAACUGUUCAGGAUAAGUUCAUACAAAUAGCCAACGUGAAUUCUGCACACAAGACAAAGGUCAACCCUCUCACUUGGAUUCAGAAACUGUCAUGCUCAGAAAAUGAGUUAUGUGUGCCCAGGUUGCAGAAUGCCAUAGGAAGCCAACUGGGUACAUUUGUGGACAACACGCAAGGCAGCAAGGAGCCCAGGACAAAAGGGAUCAGAAGCAGUCCUUACACCGGCCCAGAGCAGCUGAAUAGCAUCAGUUUGAUACAGAAGCCACCUCAUAUUCUCUCUGGGACACCUCCUCAGAGCAUAUGCACAGGGUCACAGACGAGCAGAAGGAAGAGUUUUACGGAAGAACCCAACCAAGACAUUGUGUGUGUGACACUGAAGCGGGACCCACAUCGUGGUUUUGGUUUUGUCAUUAACGAGGGAGAAGAUCUUGACCAAGCAAAGCCUGGCAUCUUCAUAUCUUCUCUUAUACCUGGGGGACCAGCAGAAAAAGCUAAAAAGAUCAAACCAGGAGGGAAGAUACUAGCCUUGAAUCACAUCAGCCUGGAGGGCUUCACGUUCAACAUGGCUGUUAGAAUGAUCCAGAAUUCUCCUGACAACAUAGAAUUAAUCAUUUCUCAAUCAAAAGGUAGCGGCAAUAGGGUCUUCCACAAUGCCCCAGGGGCCAGCCCCAGCACUCCCAUCAUGCUAGCCUCAAGAUCACUGCCUCUGUUGGAUGUUACAGCACCGACAGCUCUUUCUGAGGCAGGUGUUUGUGGAAAUAUCCCCGCUGAUGAAAAGAACAGCACAUCAAGUUCUGGCAUGUUAUGUACAGACAUCCUGAGCAACGGGCACCUGGGAAGACAGUCAGCACACACACAUGACCAAGAACGAAAUGUCAGAGAACCGGAAAUGGCUCAGGGUGCUGGUUCUUGUCCUCCAUCACCUCUAGAAACCAAUGCUGGUGAAAUCUACUUUGUGGAGCUGGUUAAAGAAGAUGGAACACUUGGAUUCAGCGUGACUGGAGGCAUUAAUACAACAGUACCACGUGGAGGAAUCUAUGUGAAAUCCAUCAUUCCUGGAGGCCCAGCUGCCAAGGAAGGACAGAUCCUACAGGGUGACAGGCUGCUGCAGGUGGAUGGAGUGAGUCUUUGUGGCCUCACUCACAAGCAGGCUGUGCAGUGUCUCAAGGGGCCUGGGCAGGUGGCACGGCUGGUCUUAGAGAGAGGAGGCCCCAGGGCUGCAUGUCCCUCUGCUGACAGCAGGAUGGGAGACGAGCACAUGGCUGUUUCCCUGGUAACAGGCAGGCCUGGCAGACCUGCGAGCUGUGUCUCAGUGACAGAUGGUCCUAAAUUUGAAGUGAAACUGAAGAAGAAUAGUGGUGGUUUGGGAUUUAGUUUCGUGCAGAUGGAGAGAAGAAACUGCAGCCACCUAAAGAGUGACCUUGUAAGGAUUAAGAAGCUCUUUCCUGGGCAGCCAGCUGAAGAGCAUGGGGCCAUCGCAGCUGGAGACAUUAUUCUUGCAGUGAAUGGCAAACCUAUAGAAGGCCUCGCUUUCCAGGAUGUGCUCCAUUUAUUGUGUGGGGCUCCAGAAGAAGUGACACUCCUCCUCUGCCGACCCCCUCCGGGGAUACUGCCCGAGAUGGAGCAGGGAUGGCAGACCCCUGAGCUUUCAGCAGACCAAAGAUUCACCACGACAACAUGUACUGAAUCAGAGCAGAGCCCCAGCCUCGAUCAAGAGGACAGCUGGAGGGACAGUGCCUCCCUGGACACAGGAGAAGGCCUGGGUCCCAGGCCAGAGGCUUUCUACAAGGCUGUCAGAGGGAUGAAAGGGGACCAAGACAGACAGAGACCCUGGCCCAGGUCCUUGAUGCACCCUGUGGAGUACCAUCCUCACCUGUGCCAGCUGCACCCGGAGCCAGAGGCAGCAGCAUCGGCUACCUCUUUGGAAAAGGAUAUGAGACAAAACUGUUAUUCUGUGUGUGAUAUCAGGAGACUGGGAAGAUUUUCCUUCUCGUCUUCUCUGACCCAAUUAGCAACAGAUCUUUUCUGAGUGCCUGUCUGCAGUGCUGCUCAAGGCAGCCUGCUGUCUGCAGGACUGCUCUUUCUCAUCCAAGGCAUGCGUGGAUCCUCCCUGGAUG